UAUUGAACGCAGCUAAGCCUCUGGAACCUAGAUGUUUUCGCUGCUUGACUGAUGGUGAGGUCUGGAUAAACUCGAGGUGUGGAUGCGACGAUCGAUCAGGUACGAGCGCACGGUCGCUGCACAUUGGCCUAAAUUAAGUUAUCUAUCGCCAAAUCCGCGUCUAGCGUCAGGCAACCAUUGCGCCAGUUUCGCGGCAAAGCAGACAAAGGAGCGUCAAUUGUCGCGCAAUUUCUUACUUCUCAUCUGUUGCAUCCCCCUCUUCUGACACUCGUUUUUCAACUAUCACGCGACUUUCGCGUAGCCAUUCGCUUGAAUAUCUCUCCGUUGAUAAUGUCUACACCACAAGCUGCACCCACGUCGCAUGCGCCGCAGAUUACAACUACCUCCCCAUUGGGACACACAGCAGCGGUCCCUAACUCGCCUGUCGCGCACACCAAUAUGCUAGCGCAUCCUACUGCAGCCACACCAGCUCCUACAUCGAGUGCGCCUACAACUACUCCAUCGGCCGUACCAAACCCAGUGACCCCAGCCCCGGCCGCCUCUGCUGAGCCAGAGAGUUUGUCCUACAAUGAGCAACUCAAUGCUGCUGACCGUCUCUGGAAGUUUAAGAUGGCCCUGACACUUGCCCUUUUUCUUGUUGAUAUCAUUGGCAUCGGCUGUGUAGCAUGGGCCAUCAGUGAGGGUGGCAGAAUGACAUCCGACUACGGCUACGGCUGGGACAGGUCCUGGGCUCUGCCAUGGGGUUUAAUCACCUUUUCCAUAUCUGCGGUAUGGUGCGCCCUGUGCAUAAUCCUGUUCAUCGUCCGCAAGCGCCCAGUCCACCCUGGCCUGCGCGUCACCAUGGACCUGCUUCUUUGGCUGGGCUUCAUUUUUACCGCCCUUCUCACCAUGGUCGCCCUUUUUGACGUACUUUACUGGGGCGAAGACGGCACGCUGGGCUAUUCUGAAGGCUGGAACACGAGGGACGGCGAUUAUGUCCUCCAGAGGAACAACACCUGGUCAUGGGUGCAAGACACUGACUACUCGGGUGUGACGUACGAGCGUGUUUGCAACGGCUCGUCGUCCAAUUACUAUUAUUCCUCCGGCGAGCCUAGGUUUCAGAACUGCGCCGAAAUGGACGCCUACGUCAAUCUGCUGUGGAGCGAGAAGCCGAAUCGCGCACGCGUCGAGCUCACAGCUGUCGUGUGCCAGUGGCUCGGUGUAGUCUGGCACUUUGCGCUUUUCGUAUGGGCAUGUGUCAACUGCCACAAGUACCGCCGCACCAAAGUGUCCACGGAUGCGGAGAAGCUCGCAGCGGGCAUCGUCCAAACCAUGGUCCAGAACGGUGCCCUCGUACCGCCGCCAGGCCAGGGGCAAAUGACACCAUCAUGGCAGCACGUGUAUCAACCGUUGCCGAGCCAGUCGAACAGCUUCUCGGGUCAGGGCGGCUAUGCCAUGCAGGGACAAUAUCACCCAGUGGCUCCUCAGAUGGGCGGGCAGGGCAUGCAGCAGAUGUAUAUGAGGGGGCAGCAACCACCUGUUGCUGGUGAGCAGCCGCCUCCUCUUCUACCGCCCCGACCCGAACAGACGCACGCCGGGCCCAGCAAUGAGAAAGCCCCCGUUCCGGGCGUUGCAAAUAGUUACUAUGAGCCAGGCCGGUAAUGGGGCGGCUUGGGCGGUUGGAUCGGAUGAAGCGAUGAUUGAAAUUGUGGCUGAAGAAAUGCUUCAGCAGCGAUGAACCUGUACUUGAUAUA